AGUUUUAUCGCGUACAAACAUAUUUUAGCCGCUUCCUUUUGCGCCAUUUUCGCUAGUUUGAUAAUGCACUCAUGUAAUGUGCGCCGCGGCCGGCGCUGAUGUUCUUUGUCUUAAUUCUGAACGUCCUAGUUUGUUUUCUUUUGACGGAAUAUCGAAGAAGCCACAGGGGACAUAUCGAAGAGGAGUCCACAAACGAUGUCUGGCAUUGCAUUGAGCCGGCUUGCCCAAGAGCGCAAAGCAUGGCGGAAGGAUCAUCCUUUUGGAUUUGUUGCUGUACCAACAAAAAACCCGGAUGGAACCAUGAAUCUCAUGAACUGGGAGUGUGCUAUCCCUGGCAAAAAAGGGACUCCGUGGGAAGGAGGCCUUUUCAAACUGCGCAUGUUGUUCAAGGAUGACUAUCCUUCAUCACCUCCAAAAUGUAAAUUUGAGCCUCCUCUCUUUCAUCCAAAUGUGUAUCCAUCAGGCACAGUAUGCCUUUCUAUCCUAGAGGAGGACAAGGACUGGAGACCAGCCAUUACAAUAAAGCAGAUCCUAUUAGGUAUUCAGGAACUUCUAAAUGAGCCUAAUAUCCAGGAUCCUGCCCAAGCAGAGGCUUACACAAUCUACUGCCAAAACAGAGUAGAUUACGAAAAAAGAGUCCGAUCACAAGCCAAAAAGUUCUCCCCCUCGUAAGGGCAAGGACGCGCGUCUUGCUGUGGCAGAAGGAAUCACCUCCUCCCCCGCUCAGUCACAAUGAAUGUGCUCCCCUCGCAUCGGGACUUGCUUAAAGACUCCUAUUUAAACUCUACACAUUCUGUGCCAUCCACACCCGCCCACACCCAUUUGGCCUGUCAGUUUUUUGUUUUCUUUUUUUUUUUUUUAAAUUUUUUUAAUUUUGUCUUUUUUUUUUUUUUUUUUUCUUCGUUUGUUUUACUCUUAAUUGCCGGUCGGUGCGUAACACUGAGAGCGGAUCGGUGCUUCAGCACCCUGGUUGUUUCUUUUUAAACUGUCUUAUGCGGUGCGGACGACGCGGCUCCAGUCCAGUUUCAUCCAGUCUGUGCAAGCUGGCCAUCAUCCAUGUCCGAGGAAGAAAUUAUUAUUAUUUUUUUGGGGGUUCCUCUUCUUUUCCAUACAUUUAAUGUAAAUGCUUAUUUCAUUGUCAGUAUUUCAACUGCUGUAUAAUGAAUGGCACUUUUAUACUAUUGUAUUUCACUUAGUGUCUCUAGAUGGUUCUGUCUAAUUCUUUCCCGGAUUUUUUCUAUUCAGCAUGCUGUAACAUAUGAUAGAAUCUGCUGCCUUGGCUGUCUUUUUGUUAUUCCGAGUGUUUGCUUUUGGGAUGAAUAAAAUGGCUCCGAUGACCGAGGCAGGUAGGCAUACUAUUGUGUCAGACUUUAAGGGUAUACGGUGCUUUGUUCAUGUAAGUGUUGGCGUAAAUAAAACUUUCUACAAACGG